GUCACGCGGUAGUAUUGUGACUUGCUGUUUACCUUCAGAGCCGACAGCUAACCAUACCGUCAGACUUUUAGGAAUUUUAAACUAAUAUUUUAAUAACAUGUAUCCCGAGGACAUUGGUAAACACGUCGCGGGCUGAACACAACUAAAUGUAGAGCAGUGCUAAGUGUUCAAGAACGGUUUUGAUUUUGGUCAGCUGACCACCUCUUGAGAAACAGCAUAUCAGGCCAUGGCUGGCAGGGAUGUAAACGAGAGCACUCCUCUUUUGGACAACUCUGUGGCUUCAGCCAGAUCGGAGUCAGUGUUCAAUGGCAGGAGACUGGCAUGUGCUGCCAUACUGCUGGCAGAGUCUUUAGAGAGGAUGGCCUUCUAUGGCAUCACCUCAAACCUGGUGCUCUUCCUCAACAGCAGCCCCUUCUAUUGGGAGGGCACUUCGGCCAGCCAGGCCCCCUUGAUCUUCAUGGGUGUCACUUAUUUGAUAUCGCCUUUUGGUGGCUGGCUGGCGGAUGCGUGCCUUGGCAAGUUCGCAACCAUAGCCUUGAGUUUAGUUCUGUACCUGAUCGGGAUGCUGUUUUUCCCCUUUGUGGCCAACGACAACACCAGGACCUCUCUGUGUGGAGAAGAGAUGGCGUUCCCAGUGCAGCCGGCAGAGUGUUUUCCUGAAAAUGGGACUGUGCCCGCCAAUGUGACCUGCAUGAAUCGGCCGCCCUACUGUGGGCCUGCGAUAUUCAGUGGUCUGGUGCUGGUGGCCGUUGGCGUGGGAGCUGUGAAAUCAAACAUCACUCCAUUCGGGGCAGAUCAGGUGAAGGAUCGAGGUCCAGAGGCAACGCGGCGGUUCUUUAACUGGUUCUACUGGUGCAUUAAUCUUGGAGCGAUCUUCUCGCUGGGUGGAGUAGCCUAUAUUCAGCAGAACGUUAGCUUCUUUAUUGGCUACAUCAUCCCAGCCGUCUGCCUCGGGGUGUCCCUCAUCAUCUUUGUUCUGGGCAAAACGGUAUUUAUAACCAAACCUGCAGACGGCAGUGCCUUCAGCGACAUGUUCCGGAUCCUGGCCUCGGCCCUCUGUGGACGCGGGCCAAAAGAACCAAGUCUGCUCAGGCCAAAGCCAUCUCUACUGGAUGGCGCAAAGGUGACGUACGGUGGGCGAUUUUCAGAGGAGAAGGUGGAGGAAGUGAAAGCGCUGGUUAAAAUACUUCCUGUUUUCCUGGCACUCAUUCCGUACUGGACUGUCUAUUUCCAGAUGCAGACCACAUAUUUUCUCCAGAGUCUCCAUCUGACAAUUCCUGGAGCCGAUCCCAACUCCACAGACUCCCACCCGAAUACCUUCCGCUUCCCGGCAGCUUGGCUGACCAUGUUUGACGCCGUGUUGAUCCUCAUGUUGAUCCCCCUCAAGGAUAAAGUGGUGGACCCCAUCCUCAAACGCAAAGGCCUGCUGCCCUCCCCUCUAAAGAGAAUCGCUGUGGGCAUGUUCUUUGUCAUGUGCUCGGCGGUGGCAGCUGGCAUUUUAGAGACAAAGAGGCUGGACAUUGUCCACACACGAGGUCCCAUCCCACAGUCUCUCGGUGGAGUUACCUACUAUGCAGCCGAUCUACCCAUAUGGUGGCAAGUGCCUCAGUACAUCCUCAUUGGUGUCAGCGAAAUCUUUGCUAGUAUUGCAGGAAAUGGAGUGGUUUCUGAGGUGAUACUGAGCCUGGAAAGACAUUUGAGAGGAGAUGAUCAUGAUAAGAAACACCUACAGCACAUUUUUCUCGGUCUCCUCUGUGUACUGUAG